AGGAUGCACAUGCGCGACCCCGACGCAGCCCCUACGGGCGCGUACCCCGAGCCGUGGAGCUCGAAGCCCUUGUGUGAGCAGGCCGGAUCAGCAAUCUCGAAUGGAGAAUAUGUUCACGCUCAAAAACUUUACACCGAAGUCCUGAAGCUCGAGCCCCACAGUAUUCCUGCCUAUCUAGAGCGAUCACUGGUUCAUUUGAAGCUUGAAUUUCCAGACCUGGCGACGGGAGACGCUUACAGGGCUUUACUACUUGUUGAUAUGGUCAGAGAGGGCGAGGAGGAGAUUACUCCAGAUAUUGGUUGGGAAUUGCUCCGUUACCCUUCCGACGACCUUGCUAAAUGGUGCCAUUCGCAGCGGAAAUGGAAGCGAAAGCUUUCUCCUACCUCAGCAUAGCUCUCCGAGAAAUUGGUUGCCAUGAAGACUCCAGACGCUACAAAGAAACUGGAGCCAAGCGAUAUCCUGAAUUCAAUUUCGAGAUCCCGGGGUAGGUGACCACCCCAUACAUUUCCUCAAGUGGAUCCCCUCAUCCAGGCCCGGGCGAAGGACUAAUAACAGAAAGCUACACCCCCCGCAACGAGUUGAUCCUCCGUGAGGGAGAAUGGAGGAGAGAGGUUUACCCCUGGAACAACAUGGAGCCGGACCGCUUCUCAGACGAAACAUUGGGAGUGCUCAACGCUGCGAUGGCCAAGUGCUCGGCAAAAGCCGAGCUAAAAGUCGUUGACUUGCCCAUCUUGCAGAGAGAUCUGUCGUUUGCCGGUGAUGGGGAUAGAUCCUCGGAUAAGCAUCUGGGGGUUUAUGCCAAGGAGGAUAUAUUCCUAGGCGAGACCUUCUUCAGCGAGGCAUCCCCGCUGACAGUCGUUGCUGAUCCUGAGAAUUCUAGCUUGUGUGAGUACUGCGGCGGUAAUUUGCCGGAUCGGUACAGAGUCUGCGAUGACUGCUGGGAGGGGGACGAGGACAGCGGUGUUAUGUGGUGCUCGAAGGAGUGCAAGCAGCAGGCGUUCAAAAGGUGAUUAGAGAUAUUCCGCAGACAAGAAAGGGGGGUUUGGCAUUCCCAAUUCUGAUUUUCCGGGCGAAAUAGUUAUCAUCCGGCACUCUGCGGGAGAGACUUUACGUGGCUGUAUCGCGAUAUCAACGCUACGGCAAGCACUAAUUCUGCAUACUCAUUGCUUCUACUAAAGACAAUCGCUAUGGCCCUCACACUCGAUGUCCACCCCCUUGCUCUGUCCGAUGUGAAAUACCUUUACGGGGUCUCCCGCCCGCCACUUAAACACAUUCCUGCCAUUGCCCUACCGUUCAACUUCACCCACCAGGUCCUCCAGCCCAUACAGAUGCUCCAGGAAAUGGACGUGGACAUAUUCGACCCAAAGUACCUUGAUUUCUUCGACCUGUGGGUUAUGCAGACUGCCAGGGCAAAGUUUAUAUCGGUUGCUAGUGCGCGGAUCAGUGCGAAGACCAGGAGAACUGAAAUUGCAGCUGUAUACACCACCCUUCCCCCCCGCCACUGCUAGGUCAUUGUGCCGGUAGCUGACUAUAAACACUAGGUCCAUACUCUCUACUCUAUGUUCAACCACUCCUGCGAGCCAACCGUGACCUGGGAAUGCGAGAACGAGGUCAAGUUUACCGGCUUCAGUCGGUAUAAAAAACGUUCUGAAUCUGCGACCCCAGUUGUAGCAGUGAAGAAGGGAGAUGAGUGCUGGACCCAUUACUGUGACGUGAGGAUGGAGUAUAAAGAUCGUCAGCGGGAUGCGUUCGGUAGCCUUGGUGGUAAAUGCGUGUGUAGGAGAUGUGUAGAGGAGGAGGCGGAGGGUAAAAACAUGAAUGGUGUUCCAGAUGAAGAGUAGGGGCCCCUUUUUUGGUUUGAUAGAAGGCCUGCUACCUGCCCUUGGUCGUGUCAUAUUACGAGAAUUUGGCGAUUGUGGAUUGCGCAUAUGGUAUCACUCGGAAAUGCUAUAUUUGUCAUUUUAACAUUGUUGAUCUAUGAGCCAAAGGGUUUGGUAUCAUACACUACUAGUAGCAUCUAGAGGAAGGAAUGACAACCGAGCGCAGUAUUU